AUGGGUGCUAUAUGCUCUUGUACUUCUGGUAAAAAACCAUCUACUAAAGAUCUAAAACAGAAAAUACCGGUUGUAGAAGAAUCAAAAAAGACUCAAGUAUUUAAUUCAUCUCAAGAAAUUCUUGAUGAUAAUUUCAAAACUUCAAUUACUAAAGCCAUUGACGAACAUAUUGUUACUGUUCCUACUGCUUAUCAAACUGAACGUGAUCGUAUUGUCAAUGAAAUGAAACAGUCGGAUCCAUCAUCUUAUCUUGGUCUUCUUUACUCUGAAUAUCCUGAUAUCAAUGGACAAACUGUGAAUGACAUGGCACGUAAAUUAGUUACAUCCAAUAAAACCAAACAAGAAUUAAUUGAUCGUAUCGAUAGAGAUAUAGAAUCGUCAUUUGCAUCACGAACCAUUGACUGGAAUUCAUCAUCUCGAGAAACAGCUCGUCCACUCAUAAGAGUAUUUAUUGAAAAGAGUGUAAAUGAUGCAUUUGAUCAUGUUAAACUUGAAUAA